AUGGGUUUGGAAAUUGAUGUUAAUGUUGAGUUAUCAAAGAUUGCAGUUUCUGCAGCUCAUGGGGAAGACUCUCCAUAUUUUGCAGGAUGGAAAGCUUACGAUGGAAACCCUUAUCAUCAACUCAAUAACCCAUCAGGCGUUAUUCAAAUGGGAUUGGCUGAAAACCAGGUUUCAUUUGAUAUGGUGGAAGAAUAUUUAGAGCAUCACACAGAAGCAGCUCUCUUCGGAAAGACCAAAGUUUCUUCCUUUAAAGACAACGCCUUGUUUCAAGACUAUCAUGGCCUGCUAUCUUUCAGAAAGGCGAUGGCAAGUUUCAUGGAACAAAUAAGAGGUGGGAAAUCGAAGUUCAACCCGGAGAGGAUCGUUAUAACUGCUGGUGCGACGGCUGCUAACGAGUUGUUGACUUUCAUUCUUGCUGAUCCUGGAGAUGUUUUACUUGUUCCAACACCUUAUUAUCCAGGAUUCGAUAGAGAUUUACGAUGGAGAACUGGUGUAAAUAUCGUGCCAAUCCAUUGCGAAAGCUCGAAUGGUUUCCAAGUCACUCCCGAAGCCCUAGAAGCAGCUUACCAAAGUGCUUUGUCAAUGAACAUGAAAGUGAAAGGAAUGCUCAUAACAAAUCCUUCUAAUCCUUUAGGUGUCACGAUCACUCGUGGCACUCUUGAAAAGAUAUUCGACUUUGUCACCCUAAAAAAUAUCCAUCUAAUCUCAGAUGAAAUCUACUCGGGAUCUGUGUUCUCGCCGCCAGACUUUGUUAGCGUGUCCGAGAUAUUGGAAGCACGACAUAACAAAGGAGCGGAGCGAGUCCACAUAGUGUAUAGCCUCUCAAAAGAUCUCGGGCUCCCGGGGUUUAGGGUUGGGGCUAUAUACUCGUACAACGAUAAAGUUGUGACAACUGCUAGAAGAAUGUCGAGUUUCACGCUUAUUUCAUCUCAAACACAACAUCUCCUUGCUUGCAUGUUAUCGGACAAGGAUUUUACGGAGAAUUACUUGAGUGUGAACCGCGAAAGGUUAAGCAAAAGGCGAAAAAUGAUGGUGAAAGGCCUUAGGGAAGCCGGAAUAGAGUGUCUCGAAGGGAAUGCCGGCUUGUUUUGUUGGAUGAACAUGAAACCUUUUCUUGAGAAACCUACUAUGGAGUGCGAAUUGGAUCUUUGGAAUUCAAUAGUGAAUGAUGUGAAGUUGAAUAUCUCUCCAGGUUCAUCUUGUCAUUGCUCAGAGCCAGGAUGGUUUAGGGUUUGCUUUGCUAAUAUGAGUGAAAACACACUUGAGGUUGCCCUUAAAAGGAUUCGUGAUUUCAUCAUUCAUCAAAGGAGGAGGGCAGAAAAGUAAUUUUAUCCACGUGGACUGAUUUUAGUGGCUGAUAUUGAUCUUU